AUCAGUAACUUCAGUUCAACUAAAUUAAAUUGGGGCGCAAGCGAACACCCUCCUACUUCGCGUGCACGCGGGCCGCGGGAGUUCGGAGCUCGCGUCGGGGUGACGGCAACCCAUCUUGGUUUGCUCAAGACAAGUUGCUUGUGGAAAUGCCUGCACCGGUGGUGGCGCCGGUGUCGUUGUGAAUGUGAGAAGAGCUGUGGUUUCUGUCAGAUCGGUUAGGUGGAAAACAUCAUUCACUAGUUUCCUUUCUAUUUCUUUGCCACUGUUCACUGUUUGAUUAGCUGUUUGCUCUAGUGGGAGUAGUACAAUAACAGCGACAUUGCUUGUUUAACACUGUCCAACUAGAAGGGUUAUCUCUGGGAAGCGGCUUGGCCGCCACUAAAUAGUACAAAUUCUCAAAGAUUUCUCUGUUACCGACUAACUAGGCUGAUAAAUGCAACUGCUUGAAACCUCUGUUUGGUCUUUUCUAACUAUAUAAUAUAUUGAUAGGGUAUAAUGGACAGUGGAAACCAACUACAAAGUCAGGGUUAUGCUGCUGAUAUUACCUCCAUAAAAGAGGCAAAACUCCGAAUCAGUCCAUACAUUCAUGAAACUCCAGUCCUUACAUCAAAAUCCUUGAAUUCUAUUGCUCGGAAACAAUUGUAUUUCAAGUGUGAAUGCUUUCAAAAAGGAGGAGCAUUUAAGAUUAGGGGUGCUUCAAAUGCUAUAUUCUCUCUUUCCAAUGAUCAAGCUGCUAAAGGAGUAGUCACACACAGCAGUGGUAACCAUGCUGCAGCUGUGUCUUUGGCUGCAAAGCUACGUGGAAUCCCUGCAUAUAUAGUAAUACCAGAAAAUGCUCCACGAUGCAAGAUUGAAAAUGUCAAGCGCUACGGUGGGCAAGUCAUCUGGAGCGAACCCACAUUUCAAUCAAGAGAGAAUGUUGCUAAAAAAGUUCAGCAAGAAACUGGCGCAAUUAUGGUUCAUCCAUUCAAUGAUAAGUACAUCAUAAGUGGGCAGGGUACCAUCUCACUGGAGCUUUUGGAGCAAAUCCCUGAAAUUGACACCAUAGUAGUACCAAUAAGUGGUGGUGGUUUGAUAUCUGGUGUGACUUUGGCUGCAAAAGCCAUCAAUCCUUCUAUUCGGAUUUUGGCUGCUGAACCAAGGGGCGCUGAUGAUGCAGCUCAGUCCAAGGCAGCAGGGCAGAUUCUCAGAUUACCUGAGACCAAAACCAUAGCUGAUGGCCUCUGUGCUUUUCUAGGAGAUCUGACAUGGCCAGUGGUUAGGGAUUUAGUGGAUGAUAUCAUCACUGUGGACGAUGAAGCGAUCAUCGAAGCCAUGAGAAUGUGUUACGAGAUUCUCAAAGUGGCUGUGGAACCCAGUGGGGCCAUCGGGCUUGCUGCUGUUCUCUCGGAUCAGUUUCAACAAAGUGCUGCUUGGAAGGAUAGCAACAACAUCGGUAUCAUUCUUUCCGGAGGAAACAUUGAUCUUGGUGUGCUUUGGAAGUCUUUUGGAAAAUGAAUGUUACUACGUGUGUUCAUUGUGUUAUCUGAUUGGCAACAUGUUUGAUGAGCAUACUAAUGACUUCAAACGUAUAAAAGCUCAUGCUUGUUAACAUUUUAGGGCGUUGUUUCAAUCUUUGAGAGCAACCAAAUCUUUUACUAGAAAUAUAUGAAUAUGGCUCUUUGUGUGCA